AUGGCGCCCAAGGAAACAGGCAACCUUGUCUUGCCGAGACGCGUUCGAGAGAAGAUCUGCUUGCAGUCAAACGGCUACCAUCCUUCCUCCAGCCUCUGUCUGUUUCCGUUUUCCGCCGCCAGCAGUAAUGCGGCCCAUCGCGUCGCUGAAUCCUAUAAUAGUUUCAUUCCUGGCAGUGACCAGUCGCAGAGUGAAUUAAUCAGAAGACUGGCUUAUACCCUUGCACAGAAGCGGAAUCAUCUCCCAUGGCGAGGGUUUAGUGUCAUUGAUCCUCAUACCAGUCUCCGUGAGUUCGAACUUCGAAUUUCCGCGCCACUGAAGUCAUCUAUGAAGCCGAAAUUGGCGUUUGUUUUUACCGGACAAGGAGCACAGUGGCCUGGGAUGGGCAUAGAGCUGCUGCAGUAUGAUGUGUUUCGGGAAAGCCUGCGACAGGCCGAGGUCUAUCUACGAUCACUUGGGUGCGAAUGGAACCUAAUAGACAAACUUUUAAACAUAUCAAGCAGCCAGAUCGAAGAGCCCCAUUUCAGCCAGACCCUCUGCACAGCACUUCAAGUUGCCCUGGUGGAUCUUCUCGCGUAUUUCAACGUCCGCCCAGAUGCUGUUAUUGGGCACUCGUCUGGAGAGAUUGCAGCAGCGUGA